AUGAGUGCCCCUGGAAUGGAGCUGGAGGAUGAGGGUGGGAAUGGAACGGCAUUGUCGCACUGGAAGAGACGCAACGCAAAGGACGAGCUGAUGUCUGGCAUUUCUGGAGUCGGCUACUACACGGCACUGACAAUGGCUGUUUUUGUGGACAUGGGCUUUUACCAGGCGCAGUGGGGGAUGGCGGAGCCGAUGGCAUGGGGCAACAACUCCGGCUGCGAGCUGCUGACGCAGAAGUGCCUGACCAACGGCGUCAGCAAGUAUCCGGAAAUGUUUUGCGGCACCGAAAUCAAACAUUAUACGUGCACGUCGGAUCGCCUGGCCCUGGGGCACUGUACUAUUUACACCUACCAAAACCCUCUUCCCGCACAGUUUCGGUACUUUGCGGAUCCCCAACUUGGCGGGUCUUCUGGAAACCUGAUGGAUUACUGCCCUUACAUUCAGCCGUAUACAAAUUCGCGGUGCAUCGAUGGUUCGGCAGACCUUAUGCACGGAAGCCGCGUUGGCCCAAAGUCAAAGUGCCUCAAGGGGGAGGGGCUGCGUGACCCCAAGGGCAGUCUCGGCGACGUGUGCGCUGAGGUGUCGUGCGACAACGACAGGGUGAAUGUGCGGUACCUUGGCGAUGACACGUGGCACGCGUGCCCGGAGGGUGGCAGUAUUGCGCCAGACGGGUUCUUCACGAGCGGGAAGAUCUUGUGCCCAAGGCACAUCGAAGUGUGUCCCCAACUACAAAAGGAGGAGGAUGGCCACAGUGGAGACAAAAGCCACUCAGGUGAAGAUACCAAACCGGCGGAGCGAAUUCCACCACCCUACUUGCCGUAUGAUAUUAGUCGCUUGCACAAUGUGCUUUUUCCCAUUGUUUCCACUACUUUAUUCUUUGUGGUUGCAAUUGUAGCUGCUUGUUAA